AUGGAGGACAUUGACGUGGACUUUCAUCGCAAGGGAGUGUUGGUGUUGCAGGCGUUGAUCGCUCUGAAUGAGGCUACUUUUGGUGGGAAAGAACAUGUCCACAUCAGAGUGCACUUGCCUCAACAAGAAGAACACAAAAAAAUUAUCAAAGAAGUAAUAGUACACGACCACGGAGGGGGCGGCGGCCAUGGAGGGGGAGGCGGGGGAUUCGGAGGCGGAUACGGCGGCGGCGGUGGCUUCGGGGGUGGGGGAGGUGACCACCACCACCACGACAUAGGCGGCGGCUUCGGCGGAGGCGGAGGCUUCGGAGGUGGAUUUGGAGGAGGCCACGAUGACCACCUCGGAGGUGGUGGAGGCUACGGAGGUGGUGGAGGCUACGGAGGUGGUGGAGGCUUCGGAGGUGGAUUUGGGGGCGGCGGAUUGGGCGGAGGCCACGACGACCACCACGGUGGUGGUGGUGGUGGUGGUUUCGGAGGCGGAUUUGGAGGCGGCGGAUUUGGCGGAGGCCACGAUGAUCACCAUGGAGGUGGCGGAUUCGGCGGUGGAUUUGGAGGCGGCGGUGGAUACGGUGGUGGCGGUGGCCACGGAGGCGUAGAGCACACUAUUGUAAUCAAAGGAGGUGGCGGAGGUGGUUAUGGAGGCGGUGGGGGUUAUGGGGGCGGUGGCGGUUAUGGAGGCGGUGGCGGAGACCACCAUGAUCAUCACGGAGGGGGUGGCUUCGGAGGCGGCGGUGGUUUCGGAGGUGGUGGAGGCCACGGGGGCGGCGUUCAAAUCAUUAAGCUGCAUGGAGGAGAUCCAUUGCCAAGUGGAGGCGGUGGUGGUGGAUACGGCGGAGGCGGUGGAUUCGGAGGCGGCCACGACGAUCACCACGGCGGGGGCGGUGGAGGAUUUGGAGGUGGCUUCGGUGGCGGCGGCGGCGGUUUCGGAGGUGGUCACGACGACCAUCAUGGCGGCGGAGGUGGUGGCGGCUAUGGCGGCGGCGGCUUUGGAGGCGGUCACGACGAUCACCACGGCGGCGGCGGUGGCGGAUUUGGCGGAGGAGGAGGAUUCGGGGGCGGUUUUGGCGGCGGCCACGACGACCAUCACGGCGGUGGGGGCGGCGGUGGAUAUGGCGGCGGAGGAGGUUUCGGCGGUGGUAUAGGAGGCCACGACGAUCACCAUGGAGGAGGUGGUUUCGGAGGUGGUGGAUUUGGAGGUGGUGGCAUCGGAGGCGGCCACGACGACCACCACGGCGGCGGUAGCUACGGCGGAGGAGGUGGAGGUGGAUUUGGAGGAGGACACAGCGGCCAUGGAGGUGGCGGGACCGGAGUUAUAACCAUUGUGGAACAAGGCGGCGGUGGUGGAGGAUAUGGCGGCGGCGGCGGUCAUGGGGGUGGUUUCGGAGGCGGCGGCGGUGGCGGCCAUGGAGGUGGUUAUGGGGGAGGUGGCGGUGGAGGUUACGGCGGCGGUGGUCACGGUGGCCAUGGCGGUUGGGACUAA